CCGCCGCCGCUACCAUAAUUUUUCUCUUUUUAUGACGUUUUUUGACAUAAAAUAGAAUCGGCUCAAAUCUCAUUUUCAUGUGUGCAAUCUGUUUAGUUAUUUUGUUGGCCAAAAAAAGUUUUAUAAAAUCGUAGAAAUUUGCAUAUUUUAUAAUUAAUUUUACCUCAACUUAUACACCGAUCUCUUUGUUUAGAAAUGAAUUUCCAUUUCUAAAUCCUUUGCAUGUGAUAUAAUUGUGUAGAUUGUACCUAAAGACAUCUUUGUCUUAUCGAAACCCCGAAGGCAAUGACUAUAUUUUCUUGGUUAAAUAAACGGGAACAAGGAAACAUAAAUAAACACAUCGGCGAAGAGGACACCAUUCAUAAAUCAAUUUAUUCGUCCAUUGAACCAUACAACAAUUGGACAGACCCGUCGUCCGAACACGGUGGCGUUUAUAAUUUAGAAUUUUCUCCAGAUGGAUCAUUGCUAGUCGCUGCAUGUGAAAAGAAAUCGGUCGUGCUAUUCGACCCGAUAACAAAUCGCAAAACAAAUUCUAUCCCAAAUGCUCACUCCGAUUGUGUCAACUGCGUCAAGUUCAUUGACGGUCGUCUGUUCGCAACAUGCAGUGAUGAUUCUACGGUAGCUCUAUGGGAUACGAGGAAUCUCAAAUCGAAAGUUCGUUCACUGCAUGGCCAUUUGAAUUGGGUGAAGAACAUAGAAUAUUCAAAGAAAGACAAUUUGCUCGUCACCUCAGGUUUUGAUGGAAGCAUUUUCACGUGGGACAUAAAUUCCAGUACCGAACAGGGCUACACAUAUCAAAAAGUAUUUCACACCGCUGGAUUGAUGCGAUGUCGUAUAAGUCCGGAUGCCAGUAAGCUGGUCAUCUGUACGACUGGUGGAUAUUUGAUUAUUGUGCAUAAUCUGGAUUUGCAAAUGUUAGCCAAGGACUUACAUGGAUUUAGGCCAAAUAUUCAUCGACUGAUGCAACUAGGACGACAGUUAAUUCCGUAUGCUGCCAGUUUCAAACACUUAUUUUCCAAGUCUGUACAAAGAAACAGAGUUGAGCUUAUAAGCGAUUUUCCGCGUGAAAAUGAUGCAGAAGUUAUAAGUUCACUUCAGAUUCACCCGCAAGGAUGGUGUGCCCUUAGUCGAAAUAUUAGCUACGAUGAAACCUCGGAAUGGACUUGCGUCCAUGACAUUCAGGAAUGGGCAAAUGUCGACGACGAGGAUUUGUCCAGCAAUUUGAACGAAAACAAUUUGGUUGGUGAGAGUAGUUCAACCAGCAGCGAUGAGGAUGGACCGCGUGUGACACAACCGCCGCGGAAUGUACCGGCUGAAAUCGAACCGUUACACCAUCCUGACAUUUGGGCAGCUGAAAUGACUUUUCGCGAAAGAGCUCUAGGUUUGCGAAGACGCAGUACGACCGGCGUGGGCACGACAAAUGUUUACGGUAUUUAUGGCAUUCGAAGCGGUGUGCUACCGGUACGGCUGUUAGACCAUAACGACACAUCGUCCGAUGAGACCGGCGUCGACAAUCAGAAACCGUUCCACGACAUGAUGAUCAUGUCGCAAAAUGAGAAACGAAUGCUGUACUUUAUCCAAGAGCCGAACCGGGGCAAAGGUUUCAUCAAGGAAUUGUGUUUCUCGUCGGAUGGACGGAUUAUCGGUUCACCGCAUGGAAUGGGAUUUCGUUUGCUGGCAUUCUCGGACACGUGUACGGAAAUACCGAAUGCUCUACCUGAAAAUCAUAAAGCACAAAUGCUAACUGAAAUCAAAUUCAUUAAAUGCCAUUCCGAUAUCGUCGUUAGUACCAAAUUUAGUCCGAGACAUUCACUUGUUGUUACGGGAUGCCUGGGCGGAAAGGUUGUAUGGCAUCAGCCAACAUUUUGAAAAUCUAUCUCGGAUUUUCUACAGCGAAAGUGUGACUUUUUUUAUACAGAUUAGUACUUAAUAAAGAGUACGGUAUAAGCGAAGAAUAAAGUAUUAUUUGAGACUGCCUA